AGGAUCUGCAGCAUCACUGAACUGGUGCAGUGCAAUACGCGCACUCAUCCUCACUGAUGGUGUGCAGAACAAGGGGGACAUUAAAAAAAACCUACUGAAACUAAAACAUUCAUCUUUUUCUUAAAACCCAAAAAAAAAUCCACCACCACAAAAAAAAAAAAAAAUCAUCAUGAGUUACGAGUCCUUCUUCUCUCACCGACGUCCUUGGGACAGCUACAAAGGCUCCCGACCUACAAUCAAACCUUCCAUGUCUUCCUCUCUGUACUCCUCCCCCCGAGCUCCUCCAGCUGGAAAGAGGAUCCUGAAGAUGGCCUCCUCUUUCCUGCCCGACGGCUCUCAGAGGAUGGAUCUGGUCCAGGCGAGCUCCAUCAACACAGAGCUGCUGGGGAUGCGGUCCCAGGAGAGGGAGCAGCUCGUGGACCUGAACGACCGCUUCGCCACCUACAUCGAGAAGGUGAGGCACCUUGAGCUGCAGAACCGGGCCCUGUUGGCUGAGUUGGACGCGUUGAGGAGGAGGCAGAACGACCCGUCCCGGCUGCAGGCGUUCUACGAGGGCGAAGCUCGGAGUCUGAGGGCCACGAUCGACGCGGAGAACAACGAGAAGCUGCAGAUGGAGGCGGAGAAGGACUACCUGCGGGACGUGUACGAGCAGAUGAAGGAGCGCUACGAGGACGAGGCGAGGCGACGCCUGGAUGCCGAGGACGGCCUGCAGAGAGCCAGAGAGGAGGCGGGCCGCGCCGUGCUCUACAACUGCGACGCCGAGGCCACCGUGGUCUCCCUGUGCGACGAGAUCGUCUUCCUGAAGAAGGUCUUCGCCGAGGAGCAAGCGGAGCUGCAGGCGCAGCUGCAGGUGGCGAACAUCAGCGUGGACGUGGAGCUGGCCAGGCCCGACCUGUCCACCGCCCUGCGCGACAUCCGGGCGCAGUACGAGCGGCUCGCCAACAAGAACAUGCAGGCGGCCGAGGACUGGUACAAGGGCAAGUUUGCCAGCGUGGCGGAGAUGGCCAGCAAAAACAACGAGGCGGUGCACGCCAUCCGGGAGGAGACCAUGGAGUACCGGAGGCUCCUCCAGUCCCGCUCCUCCGAGAUUGAAGCUCUCCGCAAUGUCAUCAACUCAUUGAACAAGCAGCUGGAGGACCUGGAGGACACGCAGGCUAAGGAGGUGGAGAAAUACCAGGUGAGGAUAAGUGAACUGGAGCAGGACAUCAACGAAGCGAAGCAGGAGAUGGCGCGCUACCUGAGAGACUACCAAGACCUUCUCAAUGUGAAGAUGGCCCUUGACAUUGAAAUAGCCGCAUACAGGAAACUCCUGGAGGGGGAGGAGAUUCGGCUGACCUACCCUUCCCUUCCAGCUCUAAAUUAAACCUAAACGUCGUCAGCGUAGCAAGACACUGAUCUUAUCAAACCCCCUACUUUGUCUCUUCUUUCAAUGUGUUCCCUGACCUUUAUUCAUCCCCUUGCCCUCUCCCUCACCUUGACCUAACGACAGUCUCCCCAAAGCCCCCCCCACCCCCCCGUUCAUCAACUCGUCCUAGAAACAGACCAAGAUCCGAAACUCAUCUCUUUCAAGACGGCAGCGCCCUUGUGCUAAACAAGAGGUCCACAAGAAGUCCCCCUUCUUCUACACACGUCCUGACACCACACAUCAUGAAGAUGGCGACCUGUCCAGCUCAGAGGGGCUGCACUGCAUUAGUUACGUAACGGCGGCAGGCGGCCGUGUUGUUUGUGGCCGAGUUUCUCUCCGUGAAGCAGGCUAAGGUCCAAGCAGCCGAGCUAGCAACUGCACUUUCUCGACGCCUCUGUAUCCGAACAUUUGACCAACUGUUUGUGAAGGAGGAGGAACGAAAUGCAGUUGUCUCUCUAUGCUUGGAUUUUGUCUGCUGUAUUUGUUUAUUUAUUUGUUUUUACCUGAAACUCGACCAAUCAAUUAAGCAACGCCCUGCAUACGGUUCAGCCAUUUGAGCCGGUAACCUUACAAAUUGUUUAAAUCGAUGAUGACCAAACAUCUUACUCUGUUCUAUCAUAUGGUAGUAUAAACAUUGGGUGAAUCUGCUCUUUAUUAAAGGAGAAUUGGCUCGUCAGAUUUACAAUAAA